GACACGGAGUGGAAGGCAAAAUGGCGGCGGCAGCGAUGGCCUGGUGCUGAGGGGAGAGCCAGGUCCUCGCGACCCCGCGUCGGGCCGCGCUGGCCGGCCGCAGCCCCCCGGCGUGUGUCCCCGCCCUGCCCCAUCCCGAACCCGGAGCGACGCUAGGGGCCCUGGGGGACGGGCUCCGGGCCGCCGCGGCGCCGGCCCUCGGGCCCGCAGCGGCUGUCCAGAAGCCUCACCGUCCCCUGCAGGUUAGUUACUUCCACUGUAAAGGAUUUUAACAUUCCUGGGACUUCCCCUUUCACCUUGGCUCAGAAGAAGCUCUGAGUCUUUGAGUUAGCUCCUUAAGAAGUGCUUUGCAGGGGCCACAUAUAGAUGCUUUCAUGAAGAGGGGUGAAAAGCCAGAAGGGUACAGACAGAUGAGGCCUAAGACCUUUCCUGCCAGCAACUACCCUGGCAGCAGCCGACAGAUGCUGCAGGAGAUCCGAGAAUCCCUGAGGAAUUUAUCAAAACCAUCUGAUGCUUCGAAGGCCGAGCAUAACCUGAAUAAGAUGUCGACUGAAGAUCCCAGGCAGGUGAGAAAUCCACCCAAAUUUGGCACACAUCAUAAAGCCUUGCAAGAAAUUCGAAACUCUCUACUACCAUUUGCAAAUGAAACAAGUUCUUCCCGGAGCCCUUCAGAAGUUAAUCCACAGAUGUUUCAGGAUUUGCAGGCUGCUGGCUUUGAUGAGGACAUGGUUAUUCAAGCUCUUCAGAAAACCAAUAACAGAAGCAUAGAAGCCGCUGUUGAAUUCAUUAGUAAAAUGAGUUACCAAGACCCUCGUCGAGAGCAGAUGUCUGCAGCAGCUGCCAGGCCUAUUAAUGCCACCAUGAAACCAGGAAAUGUGCAACAUUCAAUUAACCGAAAACAAAGCUGGAAAGGUUCUAAAGAGUCUCUAGUUCCUCAGAGACACGGCCCAUCUCUAGGAGAAAAUGUGGUUUAUCGUUCUGAAAGCCCCAACUCACAGGCGGAUGUAGGAAGACCUCUGUCUGGAUCCGGCAUUGCAGCAUUUGCUCAAGCUCACCCAAGCAAUGGACAGAGAGUGAACCCCCCACCACCACCUCAAGUUAGGAGUGUUACUCCUCCACCACCUCCGAGAGGCCAGACCCCACCUCCCCGAGGCACCACUCCCCCUCCCCCCUCAUGGGAACCAAGCUCUCAGACAAAGCGCUACUCUGGGAACAUGGAGUACGUAAUCUCCCGAAUCUCCCCUGUUCCACCUGGGGCGUGGCAGGAGGGCUACCCUCCACCACCUCUUACCACUUCUCCCAUGAAUCCCCCUAGCCAGGCUCAGAGGGCCAUUAGUUCUGUUCCAGUUGGUAGACAACCCAUCAUCAUGCAGAGUACUAGCAAAUUUAACUUUACACCAGGGCGACCUGGAGUUCAGAAUGGUGGUGGUCAGUCUGAUUUUAUCGUGCACCAAAAUGUCCCCACUGGUUCUGUGACUCGGCAGCCACCACCUCCAUAUCCUCUGACCCCAGCUAAUGGACAAAGCCCCUCUGCUUUACAAACAGGGGCUUCUGCUGCUCCACCAUCAUUCGCCAAUGGAAACGUUCCUCAGUCGAUGAUGGUGCCCAACAGGAACAGUCAUAACAUGGAGCUUUAUAAUAUUAAUGUCCCUGGACUGCAAACAGCCUGGCCCCAGUCGUCUUCUGCUCCUGCGCAGUCAUCCCCAAGCGGUGGGCAUGAAAUUCCUACAUGGCAACCUAACAUACCAGUGAGGUCAAAUUCUUUUAAUAACCCAUUAGGAAGUAGAGCAAGUCACUCUGCUAAUUCUCAGCCUUCUGCCACUACAGUCACUGCCAUCACACCCGCUCCUAUUCAACAGCCCGUGAAAAGCAUGCGCGUCCUGAAACCAGAGCUGCAGACUGCUUUAGCCCCAACCCAUCCUUCUUGGAUGCCACAGCCAGUUCAGACUGUUCAGCCUACCCCUUUUUCUGAGGGUACAGCUUCAAGUGUGCCUGUCAUCCCACCUGUUGCUGAAGCUCCAAGCUAUCAAGGUCCACCACCGCCUUAUCCAAAACAUCUGCUACACCAAAACCCAUCUGUCCCUCCAUAUGAGUCAGUAAGUAAGCCCUGCAAAGAUGAACAGCCUAGCUUACCCAAGGAAGAUGAUAGUGAGAAGAGUGCGGACAGUGGUGACUCUGGGGAUAAAGAAAAGAAACAGAUUACAACUUCACCUAUCACUGUUCGGAAAAACAAGAAAGAUGAAGAACGAAGAGAGUCUCGGAUUCAGAGUUACUCCCCACAGGCCUUUAAGUUCUUCAUGGAGCAGCACGUAGAGAACGUCCUGAAGUCUCAUCAGCAGCGUCUGCAUCGGAAGAAGCAGCUAGAAAAUGAAAUGAUGCGGGUUGGAUUAUCUCAAGAUGCCCAGGAUCAAAUGAGAAAGAUGCUUUGCCAGAAAGAGUCUAACUAUAUUCGUCUUAAAAGGGCUAAAAUGGACAAGUCUAUGUUUGUAAAGAUAAAGACAUUAGGAAUAGGAGCGUUUGGUGAAGUCUGUCUAGCAAGAAAAGUCGAUACUAAAGCUUUGUAUGCAACAAAGACUCUUCGAAAGAAAGACGUUCUGCUCCGAAAUCAGGUGGCUCAUGUGAAAGCGGAGAGGGAUAUCCUAGCAGAAGCCGACAAUGAGUGGGUGGUCCGCCUGUACUACUCUUUCCAGGACAAGGACAACUUGUACUUUGUGAUGGACUACAUUCCUGGGGGGGAUAUGAUGAGCCUAUUAAUUAGAAUGGGCAUCUUUCCUGAAAAUCUGGCACGAUUCUACAUAGCAGAACUUACCUGUGCAGUUGAAAGUGUUCAUAAAAUGGGUUUUAUUCAUAGAGAUAUUAAACCUGAUAACAUUUUGAUUGACCGUGAUGGCCAUAUUAAAUUGACUGACUUUGGCUUGUGCACUGGCUUCAGAUGGACACAUGACUCCAAGUACUACCAGAGUGGGGAUCACCCACGGCAAGAUAGCAUGGAUUUCAGUAACGAAUGGGGAGAUCCUUCCAAUUGUCGGUGUGGGGACAGACUGAAGCCACUGGAGCGGAGAGCUGCUCGCCAGCACCAGCGAUGUCUAGCCCAUUCUCUGGUUGGGACUCCCAAUUAUAUUGCACCUGAAGUGCUACUGCGAACAGGAUAUACACAGCUGUGUGACUGGUGGAGUGUUGGUGUUAUUCUUUUUGAAAUGUUGGUGGGACAACCUCCUUUCUUGGCACAAACCCCAUUAGAAACACAAAUGAAGGUUAUCAACUGGCAAACUUCUCUUCACAUCCCUCCUCAAGCUAAGCUGAGUCCUGAAGCCUCUGACCUCAUUAUCAAACUUUGUCGAGGACCAGAAGACCGCCUCGGCAAGAACGGUGCUGAUGAGAUAAAGGCUCAUCCAUUUUUUAAGACCAUCGAUUUCUCUAGUGAUCUGAGACAGCAGUCUGCUUCAUACAUCCCUAAAAUCACGCAUCCAACAGAUACAUCCAAUUUCGACCCUGUUGAUCCUGAUAAAUUGUGGAGCGAUGGCAGCGAGGAGGAAAAUAUCAGUGACACUCUGAACGGAUGGUAUAAAAAUGGGAAGCACCCCGAGCACGCUUUCUAUGAGUUCACCUUUCGGAGGUUUUUUGAUGACAAUGGCUACCCAUAUAAUUAUCCAAAGCCUAUUGAGUAUGAAUACAUUCAUUCACAGGGCUCAGAACAACAGUCUGAUGAAGAUGAUCAACACACAAGCUCCGAUGGAAACAACCGAGAUCUAGUGUAUGUUUAAUAAACUAGGAGAUCAUUGUAAGAAUUUGCAAGAGGCCUGAAGUGCAGGGGUUUUUGAAGUUUUGAGAAAAUUAUGCAAAUGUGACAGAGUUUGUGUGCUCUGUGUACAAUAUUUUAUUUUCCUAAGUUAUGGGAAAUUGUUUUAAAAUGUUAAUUUAUUCCACCCUUUUAAUUCAGUAAUUUAGAAAAAAUUGUUAUAAGGAAAGUAAAUUAUGAACUGAGUAUUAUAGUCAAUUCUUGGUACUUAAAGUACUUAAAAAAUAGUGCUCUGUUUAAAAAGAGAAGCCUGGUAUCUUUUGUAUAUAUGAUAAAUAAUUUUAAAAUUCAAGAAUUUUUGAAGAUUUUUGAAAGACAGUUUUAUCUUGCUUUAACCAAAUAUGAAAUAUAACCAUAUUUCCCUUGUAACUUUGGGUUUAGUUCCCAAUACGCUAAAGAAAUCAAGCCGUUGUUUUAGAAGGUAAGGUGUUCCUAGAGUAAUUUUAAUCUUGAAGUCAUAUCCUGUAAUCACAAAUACAGAGCAAAAACAAUAUGUUCACUAGAAAUAAUGCAGCUUACCCCUUCCCUCCCCAGAAGUCUUCAACCUAACCUAGCAUUUUUCUUUCAGAUACCGGCUUUAAAGAAGCCAGAGCACUGCUAGUUUUGUUUCCAGAUUGGUAUUAAUGCUGCUUCCAGUUUUUGUUUUAUUGGGAUUUUUGUUUUGGUUUGGUUUUGGGUUUUUUUUCGAGGGGUGGGGGUAUUGUUUUGUUUUGAUUUUUUUUUUUUUGUUUUGGUUUGGUUUUUUGGGGGGCAGGGGAUUGAGACAGGGUUUCUCUGUGUAGCCCUGGCUGUCCUGGAACUCGCUCUGUGACCAGGCUGGCCUCAGACUCAGAGGUUCACCAGACUCUGCCUCCCCCGAGAGCUGGAAUUAAAAGUGUGUGCCACCACACCCAGCUGUUUCCAGUUUUAAAAGGGAACAAAGUUGCCAUGAAUUGAAUUUUCAAACUGAAACUAAGAUCUGUAAUAUUUGUAUCUUAAAAUUAGAAGAAAAAUUUCCAUCUCCUAAGUAAAGAAAUUAUUUUCAGUUUGUAAUUUUUUUUUUUAAUUUACGUGUAUGUACUCACUAAGAAAGUACAUUUUCUAGGGGCUAAGGAUAUGGCUCAGUGGUAGAGCACUUGCCUAACAUACACAAAGCCUUGGGUUCAGUCCCUAGCCCCUGCCACAUAAAGGUACCUUUGUUGUACAGUGACCAAUCUUGAUUGUGUCAUUGAUGCUAUAGAUUUCCUUUUUCAGAACAGUGCUACAAUACAAAUUGUUGGCAAAGGAAAUGUAACUAUUUGGCACUAUUAUACCUAAGAGUAGAUUAAUUGGUUAAAAAUAAUUAUUAAUUAACUCUUAAUUGGGAUGAGCAUCCCUAAUUAGAUACAUAGUAGUUUAGAAAGUGAAAACUUCCUAAGUUAUUUAAGAUUAAUGUCCUAUUUAUAUAAUGUUUAGGUUCUAAGGAAGAAUUGUGGAUCCCUAACAAACAUCUUAGGAACAUCUUUUAGGAAGAAGAAUGGGGCUGUACUCUGACCUUAGUAAAGUUUGUAUGUAUAUUAUUUCAUUUUUUCAAGGUUUAUUGACAUGAAUUGCUUUAUCAGACUUAAUGUUUGUGGCUAGGAAUGAUGUUUACCUAUCUAGCUUUCUUAUAAAAGAUAAUUUGUUUAAAACCAUAUGUAUAGUAAAAUUAAAAGCAAAGCUAUUUGUUUGAAUUGGGGAGAGAGAAAAACAUUAUUAGCUUACACUUUCAUGUUGAGCUUGGAACCUGUCACGUGUACAAGUGAGCCUUCAGACCAUAGAUCAUUUUGAGAUAAAGACUAUGUGAACUCAGGCCCUACUGAAAAAAAGUGUGUAUCCACACAUACAUUAGAAAGUGUUGCAUGCACUCUCAAGAGACCCUGGGUGUGAUAAAACUUCCCAGACAGCAGGUUAAAGACCUACAUCCUGUGAGUCAAUUGCUAUAUCAAAGUAAGACCUUUGAUAUCCUUUGACUUUAUUGCACAGCGCUCAGAUGAGCACGUUUGUAAACAAGUAAUGAUCUGCUCUUGGAAUGAGCCCGUGAAAGCAACACAGCACAGACAUGUCUAUAACAUGAAAGCAGCACAACACAGACAUGUCUAUAACACUGUUCUAACGGCACUGGUGUCUUGUGAUUCUGAGGGCUCCUGAUGAGAGCUGUCACCAGACAGUCUUCACAGCAUGGAGCGUCUGAAGUCUGAAGGCCCUAUGCAAAGCAUGCAUUGAGGGAGGUUUGGCCUGGGUCCCUCCCACAGGUCAGAAAGACAGCCCUCUGACCUUCGGGCUCUUCACUCAGACUGACAUUUUCAUUUAGUGGUUUUACACCUGGAUCAUGUUCACAACGCAGGACUGCUAAGGUGCUGCCCCUCCCCACGACCAUGGUGCCUCAGAAUGUAAACACUAAUUCUACGUCCUUCUUUGCUUCCCUCGGACAGUAUAAGCUUCUAGCGUUUGUCUGAGGCAGUAUACAAGGAUUCGGUAUCUGCAAUUUUAGUAUUUUGUUCACAAUUUUAACAUUUUGGAUGCUCAUGUUGGUUAUUUUACCCCUGACUACACCCAGUUCUCCCAGCAUAGGAGUUGCUGCUUUCUGAGCAAACAAUGAGCACAGCAUAGAAAACAUAGACACUUAAUUAAAACGGCAAAGACGCUGCUCUCCAGCUCUCCCCUAGAACCCGCCGUCUCCUGUGCGUGCCCCUUCAGUGUGUAUCAGUGGUAUUUAUAAAAUGUGCUCUAUAAUUAUGUGCUUGUACAUACUGGUAUAUGUUGUGCAGUGAUGUCCUGAGGCAGGCCCUGUUGCUGUAUCUGUCCUACCUUCCUAUUUGUAAUAGAAACUAUAGAAUGUAUGACUAAGAAGUCACUUUGAGAUUGACUUUUAUAAAAAGUUAUUUACCUUCUGCUGUUGAGAAGUGCAAAACUGUGAGUGGAAAUGUUUUAUUCUGAUUUAAUAAUAUGUUAGAAAUUAGAAACCCAGUGGGAGGAGUUUUUAGAUAUGCUGCUGCUGUUACCCAAGGUACUUUAGAAAUUUUCCUUUAAUAAAAAAAUUCCUUUGAUAUUUAAAGUAAAACAGUCUGUUUUUGAAUCUAAAACUGUAAUUUGGGUCAACAUAUUGGUCUAUUUGUAAAGUGCCUUAGUAUAUUCCUUUGUGGAGGGCACUACCCAGUUUACUUUUAUAUUGUCUUAUGUAUAUAAGGGUUUUAUAUUACAAUGGAAUCAAUGGCAACACUACCAUUUUAUAAAACAGUGCUUUGCUAGGAAAAAUUACAGCUUUGCAAUAUAACAACUGUUUUUGGAUAUUUCUGAAUGUACUAGAACAAAUAAUCAGUCUGUUUUUAAUGAAUCUAUUUGUAUUUUCCCAAUCAUUCCCUCUAGUGUAAUAUUUGCUGGGAUAAUAAAAAAGGCAAACUUCAAAUUUUUUCAAU